UAGUUAUUGUUAAGUGAUCAUGGGUUGUGCCAGUUCAAAGCAGAAACGAUGUCGGCGUUGCAAUGGUCCUUAUUCUCCAGCUCCAAGAAGCUACUCAAUGCAUGUUCAUCACCCUCCUCAAACAGAAGGUGAUAGCUACCAUGUUGUGGCACUCACUUCCACAACAUUGGGCACUCUCAAACUCAAUUCCCCUGCUUCCAAUUGCCACCUAUCUCAAAACAUUGCUGGGAAUUUUGGCCAAGAUUUCAAGCUUUCCAAUGGCAAGGUCAGUGACACGGAAAGUUUCAGGUUUGAUAAUGGCAGCUUAAUGCACAGGUUCAAAGAGAAGGAGGAGAAGAGUGAAGCAAUAUUAGAUAGAGAGAAAACGGAAGAGUUUUCAAUGGGGUUGAUUGAGGCCAAGACUUGGUCCAACAUGAUUGAGCAAAAGUUACCAAAAGUUUUCCCCAAGACCCCAACAAGAACACCCCCUGGUGAACCUGAGACAAUCAACACAUGGGAACUCAUGGAAGGCCUUGAAGAUAUCACCCCUUUUCGAUCACCAUGUCACUUCAGGAGCUUCUCUUUUGAUGUCAAUGGUGAUGAUGCUGAUGUCGACGUUGAUGUUGAUCCACCCAAAUUGAGUGUUGCUGCUUCUCCAAAACCCAUGUGGCUUUUGAUGACUGAGGAAGAAUCAAGACUCAGUCCUGCAAUCUCAGAUUUUGAUCCUGAAGUGAUUUCCUCAUUCAGAAAGUCCUUGCAACGGCUAUCUCCAGAUAGCCCCUUCCACCUUCGACCGGCACAAAGUGAUGAAGAGGAACAAGGGACUAGAAAAGGGUUCUCAUCAGAGGAGGAGAAAACAAGAGGUGAUGAUGAUGUGGAGGUUGAUCCAUGUGGGAAGGACAAGGUGGUGUUGUAUUUCACAAGUUUGCGCGGGGUGAGAAAGACUUAUGAGGAUUGUUGCCAAGUGAGGCUAAUUCUGAAAGGAUUGGGAGUGAGAGUGGAUGAGAGAGAUGUGUCAAUGCAUUCUGGGUUCAAGGAGGAACUUAGAGAGCUACUGGAUGAUGGGUAUGGUGGGGGGGGAUUGCCAAGGGUGUUUGUUGGGAGGAAUUACAUUGGGGGGGCUGAGGAAAUUCAGAAGCUACAUGAGGAUGGGAAACUAGAGAAACUUUUGGGUGGUUGUGAGAAGAUUGAGGAUAGUGGUGGAGGUGAUGGUGGAAGAGUAUGUGAGGCCUGUGGAGAUGUGAGGUUUGUCCCUUGUGAAACAUGUUCUGGAAGCUGUAAAAUUUAUUAUGAUGGUGAUGAAGAUGAAGAAUUUGUUGAUGCUGAGGUGGGGGAGUGUGGAUUCCAGCGUUGCCCUGAUUGCAAUGAAAAUGGGCUAAUUCGUUGCCCUUUGUGCUGCUAUUAGUUCCCAAUUCCA